UCUUCUCUGUUCGUCAUGUCGAGACCCCGUAGCGUUAACGAGUACAACUUGCUACGACACCAAGUGGACCCUCUUGUCGAGCCUGAAUCACCGCCACCAGCUCCGACAACGACCUACAUAAGCGGUGCGGAACUGAGUCACAUUACGCAAGAUUGGAAUUGGCCGUCUCCAUUGCAGCGAAUGGUGCGCUCCGUCGGCUGUGACUUACCGCAACAUGUGGCUGAAAAAUUCAGUGACCAACUCUCAGAAGCUAGUAAGAAAGCGCCAGUUACUGCCAGCUGCCCGUCGAAUCCACCCGAACAACGAAAACCAUUUUUACAAUCCAUUCCAACCAUCUCCAUCGACGACGAAGUUGAGAAAGGAACAGAAAACGAUUCAAGUAUGACAUGGGCUCGCCGUCCUACAUUACACUCGAUUGCUUCAUCGUGUGUUAGUGGAAACAGUUCAAUGACAGUUUUUUCGAUCGACAAGAAUCAUUUUGUAACGUCGCGGAUACAGCAGCUUGUAAGCGCGUUUACCGAUCGCGCCAAAGCUCUCAAGGAACGCAUUGCCCAACCGCCAACACCUUCAACUGAUUCAUCCGAGCGUGGCGGAAGAGGACCAGCACCUCUUCCUCCGCCCUUAAACUUGCGCCACGAUCCACCGAGUGAACCUGAUGGAACCAGAAGAGCGAAACCAUUUCGCAUCCCCAGCACGUUUCAUCCUCAGAGCUCAGUCUACAUAUCUUGGCUUUUUGUGGUCUCUGCGGCGUUCAUGUACAACUUGUGGAGCGUUCCGCUUCGAAUUACCUUUCCUUAUCAAGAUGACUCGAAUGUCUAUUACUGGCUAGUUGCUGAUUACGUAGCUGACGCGGUCUACCUAAUCGACACCUUCCUCGUCCAUCCGAGGCUCCGUUUCGUUCACGAAGGCAAUUGGGUCGAGGAUGUAACCCAUUGCCGCAGAAACUACAUCGCCAGCUUGGGAUCAAAAAUCGAUUUUUUAUCCUUAUUUCCAUUGGACUUCCUCUAUUUUUAUUUCGGACUUCAGAGUUCCCUUCUCCGUUUUCCUCGAAUGAUAAGAAUUCUGCCAUUUUGGGAGUUCUUCGAUCGAGUCGAUAUGAUGGUGCCAUCUCCUUUUGUCAUCCGCAUCGGACGGACAUUGUUCUACAUGCUCUACUUGAUCCACCUGAACGCCUGUGCUUAUUUCUCAUAUUCAGAGUGGAUCGGCCUCGGGAGUGAUACCUUCGUCUUCCAAGGAGAGGGAAACGCAUAUAUGCGCUGCUUUUACUUUGCGAUGAAAACCGCUACAAAGAUUGGAAAGAACCCAAAGCCGGCCAACAAUGUUGAUCGGACAUUCAUGAUUUUCAAUUGGCUUAUUGGUGUCUUCGCUUGCGCAGCCAUCAUUGGUCAGAUCAGGGAUAUUAUGGCUGCAGCUGAAAGGAGCACAACCGAAUACCGUGAACGUCUCGACCGCACUGUACAGUUAAUGAACCGCUUAAAUUUGCCACCCAAGAUUCAGGACCGUAUCAGAAUGUGGUUUACUUACAGCUGGUCAAUGCAGAAGACGCUUGAUGAGAUAUCGUCACUGGUAUCGUUGCCUCACAACAUGCAAAUGGAUAUUGCCAUGAACGUCCAUAUCCAAACACUUUCCAAGGUGCAGCUUUUCCAGGAUUGCGAUUCUGCCUUUAUUCGCGAUUUAGUACUAAAACUGAAGCCCGUCCUUUUUCUACCGGGGGAUUUGGUUUGCAAAAAGGGAGAAGUUGGAAAAGAGAUGUACAUCGUAAAAACUGGAACAGUUCAAGUCAUGGGUGGACCGGCUAACGAUAAGGUAUUGGUGACCUUAAGCGAAGGCAGCGUGUUCGGCGAAAUUAGUUUAUUGGCUGUUGGAGGGGGAAACCGAAGAAUGGCGGAUGCUAAAGAUUUUCUUACCUCCGGCAACCACACGAGCAACUGGGCCGUUCUAGUCGAUACUUCUCGUUUUUGGUUCAAUUACAGACAUGUAGCAAAUGUAUUAUCCAUCUACCGUAGCGUGAAAAGAUUGGGAAUUCCUGAUAGUCAGAUCAUUUUGAUGAUUGCUGAUGAUAUGGCCUGCAAUCCACGAAAUCCUCAUCCAGCUGCUGUUUACAACAAUGCAAAUCAGCAAAUUGAUGUGUAUGGUGAUGAUGUUGAAGUGGAUUAUAGGGGUUAUGAGGUAACAGUGGAGAACUUCAUUCGGGUCCUCACUGGCCGUCUAGCAACUUCAACUCCAAGAUCAAAAAAGUUGCUUACUGAUGCAGGAAGCAAUGUGCUUAUAUAUUUGACUGGGCAUGGUGGGGAUGGGUUCUUGAAAUUCCAAGACUCGGAAGAGAUAACUAAUGUUGAUUUGGCGGAUGCAAUUCAACAGAUGUGGGAAAAACAAAGAUAUCACGAAAUGUUGUUCAUAGUUGACACUUGCCAAGCAGCUUCACUGUACCAGAAAUUCUAUUCUCCAAAUGUGUUGGCGAUUGGUAGCAGUUUGGUCGGAGAGGAUUCCCUUUCACACCAUGUCGAUCCUGCCAUUGGCGUCUACAUAAUUGAUCGUUACACGUAUUAUGCCCUAGAAUUUUUGGAACAUGUUACCCCCACAAGUAAUCAUACCCUUGGCCAGUUUCUCAAAGUCUGUCCGAAAUAUCUUUGCCUAUCUACUGUCGGCUUUCGUAGCGACCUUUUCCAGCGGGACGCUAACAGAGUUUUUAUUACAGAUUUUUUUGGCUCUCAAAAACGGCUUGCGAUGGCAGCUGAUCCGAUAGUAUUACCUCCAUCAUCAAAUGAAAAAUCAAGUUUACCGCCUCGGGAAGCCGUACCGGGACGCUCAUUACGUUAUGCAGACCCUAUUCCGCCACUAUGCAUUCAUAGUUUGACAUUUUAAAAUUUAAGUCAGUUGAUACACGUUUUCAGUGAGAGAUUUAAUUUGAUAUUGAUUGAUACGAAUUAAUUUGUUUCAUACAUUUCCUAGCUUGUAUCAAAGCAUCUCUAUUAUCCACAACUUUAGCACACUUCAGAGCUUCUCUGCAGGAAUUUUCAGCCAUUUUUAACAAUUCUUUGGCAUCCGCCGCAGACUUUUCCACUUGAGUCAGGUACACAUUUGCUAAGUUAAUAAAAUAAUAUGGAAGGUCCUUCAUACCGUCAUCCAACUGCACCUCUUGAGCGAGGACUAGAGCUGUAUUUAGACAAUCUACGGCAUCUUCAAGUAGGUUCAUCAAUGUGUAGGCAGCAGCCAUAUUAUUGAGCUGAAGCAGGCUGUGGGGGUGGUGUUUGCCAUUAAUUUUAACUGAAAUCUCAUGUGAUUGCUUAAAUAAAGCCAAGGAUUGUGUAAAAUCUCCUCUUCCAUGGACGUAAUCGCCAAACCAGGAGAGGAUUAAUGAAUAAAGAGCAAGGGUGUCAAAAUCA